AUGCGAGACAUGGAGGACGACAGACCGGUUGCCCGCCGCCGCCAGGAACCCACGGCCGUCGUCAGGACGGAGGACGACGACGUGGCUUCCGGCGACGAGGACUCUGACGGCGAGUUCGAGUUUCCCUUCGUGAGCCGCGAGUCGGCGGCGGCCGACGAGCUCUUCGCGGGCGGCCGCAUCCGGGCGUUCUACCCGGUGUUCGGCCGAGUCCUGGACGAGGCCCCGGUCCCAGCGCCGAGGGCGCCGCUAGGGCGGCUGUUCCAGCUGGAGCAGGCGCGGACCUCGUCCGUCGCGUCCACGUCCUCCUCCUCCUCCUCGGCGUCGUCCUCGACGGCGGGCGCGGGCCUCGACGGCGCGUCCCCGGACAACUACUGCCUCUGGACGCCCGGGUCCUCGUCGUCAGCGGCGUCAUCGCCCUCGCGGCCGCCGCGGAAGAGCGGGUCCACGGGCUCCAUCGCGCGGUGGCGCCGCAUCAGCGAGCUCGUCGUCGGCCGCAGCCACAGCGACGGCAGGGAGAAGUUCCUCUUCCUCUCCGCGCCGCCGUCCCCGGCCAGGGACAGGGAGCACUCCUCCCCCGCUUCCAAGGCGAAGGCGAAGCAGCCGCCGAAAGGAAGUAAAGCCGCCGCGGCCGCCGCCACGGAGCUCGACACGGUCGCCGCGGGGCGCCGGGUGUCCUACGGCGGCGCCAAGGCCUCCACCGGCGGCGGCCGGCGCACGUUCCUGCCGUACCGGCAGGACCUCGUGGGGCUGUUCGCCAACGUGCGCGGGCUCAGCCGGAGCCACCACCCGUUCUGA